CUAGUGGAAACCACAGACGAGAGUGGAAAAACCAUUGAGGGACCUGUUGAUUUGGAGGUCAUGGUCAUCGAUCAGAAUGACAACCGACCAAUCUUCAAAGAAGGCCCAUAUGUUGGACAUGUUCUAGAAGGGUCUCCGACAGGAACCAUCGUGAUGAACAUGCUGGCAUUCGAUGCAGAUGAUCCCACAACAGACAACGCCGUCCUCCGUUACAACAUUCUCAAGCAGACACCCGAUAAACCGUCACCAAACAUGUUCUACAUCGACCCGGAAAAGGGGGAUAUUGUCACCGUGGUGUCGCCGGCUCUGCUUGAUCGUGAAACAUUGAUAGCUCCUCAGUAUGAGCUGAUAGUAGAGGCUAAGGACAUGGCCGGCAUGGAUGUGGGAUUGAUUGGUACAGCCACAGCUACCAUCGUCAUUGAUGAUAAAAAUGACCAUCCACCUGAAUUUACCAAAAAAGAGUUUCAGGCUACAGUAAAAGAAGGAGUAACCGGCGUCAUGGUUAACCUGACUGUCAAUGACAAGGAUGACCCCAACACUGGAGCGUGGAAAGCCGUCUACACUAUCAUUAAUGGAAACCCCGGGCAGAGUUUCGAAAUUCAUACCAAUCCCAACACAAAUGAGGGGAUGCUUUCCGUGGUUAAGCCAUUGGACUGUGAAAUUCUGGCAUUUCACACUCUGAUGAUCAAAGUUGAGAAUGAAGAUCCUCUCAUCCCAGACAUUGGUUAUGGAGCAAGCUCUACAGCCACAGUUCAGAUCAAUGUGAUCGAUGUGAAUGAGGGUCCAGUUUUUCAGCCUGAUCCAAUGAAAGUGUCAACACAAGAAAACAUUCCCAUUGGAUCUAUGUUGUUUACAGUAAGCGCCACCGAUCCAGACACUCUCCAGCACCAAACUAUACGGUUCUCCAUGCUAAAGGAUGAUGCAGGCUGGCUCUCCAUUAACCCAGUGAAUGGAACAGUCAACACAACGGCCCCACUCGAUCGGGAAUCCUCAUUUGUUCACAACAGCACUUACACCUCCCUGAUCCUAGCAAUAGACAACGGUACCCCUCCAGCCACCGGUACAGGAACCUUACAAAUUACAUUAGAAGAUGUUAAUGACAAUGCGCCGUAUAUCUACACAACCUCAGCAAAAAUUUGCGAAGACUCGAAAGACCUCAUCACUCUAGGAGCAUGGGAUAAAGACCUUCAUCCGAACUCCGACCCAUUUAAGUUUGAAUUGGGGAAACAAUCCAUGUCAGAUAAAACCUGGAAAAUCACACAACUCAAUAGUACCCAUGCACAAGUCAGUCUUCUACAAAAUCUGAAGAAAGCCAACUACAUUCUCCCGGUGGUGGUGACAGAUUCGGGGAAACCUCCAUUGUCAUACAGUGCUGACGUCACGAUUCAAGUGUGUUCCUGCAAGAAGGGAAAAGUAGACUGCAGUUCAGCAGAUGCCCCACACAUCAGCAUGGCCGUCGUCCUCAUGUUUACAAUCUACAGCCUAUUGUGUCUGUGAGCACCGGGAACUUUCAACACUGGCUAUCACAUCGCCAUGGAAACACGAAGAGGGGAAAGUAAAAAAAAAAAAAAUGUUUAUCCGAAGAUUGCAGUAUACAGUUCCUUCAAGAUCAGGCCUCAGUUCCUCCAGACUCUUUAAUUUGCAACCUCAAUUAGUCUAUAAAAUGGUACACCAGUCCUUGACAGCCUACGAUUCUGCAUUCUUUGUAUUAACGGAUCCCUGCCGGAGAUACCAGUGCUUACGAGAUUUUUUUUCUUCUUUUUGCCGAAAAGACGAUGAGACUAUUGUUAGGACUACUACUGCUCGAGGCGGAACACACUGAUCCUAUAGGCGCCUACACACAGUUUGUUUUUACAUUGUUGUACCGAUUAUCGAACCUAAAAGAGUUUGUCUGUCAGAUUUGCGUGUACGUGUGCUUCAUUUUAACACAGACUGCCUCCCCUAAACCCAGACGCAGCUCGUAGGCUGCGAGCGACGCGUUUCGAGGCAGCAUGUUGUGUGCAUUGAACCGAAACACUUUUAGAGAAGUACAGCGAAGGAUUCCUUAAUGGGUUCAUGUUAAUAAGAUUACCAAUCAGUAGUUGACAAGAAGGCAGCAAUGCAAAGCUGGGACAGCGAAAUAACGCAUUAAGGAUACAUCCACAUUGCAAAUAAAAUGUAAUAAGAUGCCACUUAAACACAUUGUAAGCCUGUCAGAAGUAAUUAGAGGGUAUUAACCCCUUCCUUAGCAGAAGACGAUGGUACUAGUAAACCAGUUGGUCAUAAUGGAAGGGAUUGCACUUAAUGGUACAUGCUUCAAAAUGUUGCAUCGAUGAGUUUCCUGCAUCGUAACAACGCCUUUCUCUGCGAGGAUAUCCAAGAGCCUGGCUUCUUCUUGGUGCUUCAGGGUCUGCAAAAUGUUAUUUCUAAGUGGUCUGUGCACUCUUGUGACAUAGAAGGUGUUAUAAGAAUAUGCAAUUGUGUCUUCGGGGAAAAGUAGAGUUUGUCGAGCGCAGUUUACUAUUUGAAUAUCUAUAAAAUUGUAAAAUAGAUGAUAAUAUAUAUAUAGAAUACAGCAGGUGGAAUAUUUUAUAAUGAAAAGCUCAAAGCGAGUCUGCCGCCUGGAUCGACUUCAGCUUUUAUUUUAUUUUGUAGGUAGUGAGAAACAGGUGCCUCUGGCCAUCAUCAACAUCUAUAUACUAGUUAAUGGUCCCAUUUUUUUUCUAGGACUGUCCAGCAAACCAGACCGGAAAAGGGGUCAGCAUUUAUUAGAAUUUGCAUUACAGGAGACAUUACUGGUCUGUACUGGGAUCCUCCCAGUAGCUGGAGACUGCGCUCUUUAAUAGAAGUGGUGGGAAGAACAAGGUCAUGGCUUUUCUUUAUUGCUCUUUUUGUUGUUUUUAUGUCAUUCAAAUUGGAACAAGUUCAAGACCUUAGAGCUAGGCUAGACUUUCCUUCACCCAGGCAAAAACACUCAGUUUCUGUGCCUGUUGACUUAUUGAUACCCCUGGCAAUGAUCAGUCAAGAUACAUCCUCCACCUAGCUAGAUUCCUGGAAUGGGAGCAGGUCCAGGAAGCUGAGAGAUGAGGAGGUGCAUUAUGGGUUUAUUGUCUUAACCUCUGACUUUGGUGUUAUUAGUUGUUGCUCUUUCUUUGAUUAAAAAGAAGAGGCCACACAAUGUCAUCGACUUAUAAGUCAAACCUAACAAGCUACUGUUUAUUCAUUUGGAACAAGAAAAAAACAAACAAAAAAAGAGCUUGUAAGGGGUAUAAGUUCAAUACCUCCAGUAAAGUCUUCAGGUCUAUUAUAAUUUGGGGAGCCCUCCCUCUCUAUCUCUCAACCUGGUGUGGACAGUAAGAGGACUACCACCCCGAACAAUCUACUGUGUUGGAGAUCGCCCUACCUCCAAACAACUCUCCAUAUCUUAGCUUUUUCUUGUGAAUUUGGCACAGGAGGAGCAGGCUAUGAAGGUUAACUCAACUCACACCAUCUCCUGACAAUUUUCCCGUCUGGAUGUGCCCCCAAUCACCCGAUGAACAAGCGAUACUAGUUCAUAGGGUGACCCUGCCGCUCGUGCAGGCACUUUAUUCAUAGUCUCUGGGCGGCAGAUUGUGUGGUCUAAACAGCAAAGCCAUGAUUCUGUAUCAGGACGAGGGAUCACAAAAAAGACCAUGUAAUUGUGCAGUCUCCUUCACUGAACGAGAAGCCGACUGCCGGGAAGGAACGCUUCCUUCCUGACUAUCGGCCGCUGCAUCGCCCCGUGUAGACCCAUCUUUACUCACUGCAUACAACUAAUAAAGUAAUAAUUAAAGGUAAAGAACCAAUAAGAGUCACACAGUAGGAUAAAAGCUAGGCAAAAUCAGUUUUCAUGUUCUUACAUAUUAAGCUGUAGAGCUCCAAGUACGAUAAUCAGUAAAAGAGUAGAGAAGCAUCACUAAUGGUUUGUAAUCUACUGUAAUCAGUUUAUCCAAAUGCCUUUAAAAAAAACAAUUUCAGAGUUUUAAAUUUUUUUUAUUCUUAUAUUUAUGUUCAUACACAACCAAAUUCUAAAGCCCCACCUAAUUGGAAAUUGGAUUUUCUGAAAUGUACGAACACCUCUGAGCCAAUUGCAAGAUCUUACCACAUUCUCAUAGAAAAGAGAAAGGGAGGCUCCAGGCAUCCAGGAUAUUUUCCUAUCUCAAAAAGUUCUGCAAUUAAUAUAGAGUAUUUAGAAAAUUACAGAAAGCUUAAACAAUAUUUAUCCCACGCUGUUAGCUGGUAGUAGGAAAAAAGAACAAAUACGGCUAGAAGUAAAAUAACAUAAGGCAUUCUUCAUGAAAAAAAGAAAAAAUACAUAUAGUAAAGGUUCCAUAGCCAUAAGGUGUGAAAAAAGCUGAAAGCAUCUGGCAUGCUUAAUAUGGCGUUAAGACACACCGAGAGGAAAGGUCGCAUCUUGGCAAAGUGCCCGUAGAAAGUGUAUUAUAGAUUGCUGGCUAAAUCUUAAAAUAAAGCACCUGAAAAGAAUUUGCUGUAAUGAAUGGUUAACCUUCUACUGGAAUAAAUGUCUGUUAGGUUUUCUUGGAAAAUGGGUUACACAAUCCAAUCACAGUCCAAUCCACAUUAGAGACGGUUAGAUAUGAAAUGGACAAUGUGUUCUUCAAAUACUUGAAAGAAUGCAUCAAUGCUUUCCGUUGAGUUGCAAAAUAUUUCUACAAAGAGCCAGUCUUUCCACUUUAAAGGAUCUGGUUCUUGGCUCGUGACCUGUCAAUGAUGGGUUCAACACUAGCAUCUUCGAUCUGAUCCAUCCAUCGGUGGUCUUGAAGACCAUUAAGUUGAUGGCAACUACCAAGACUAAUGUCAUGAUAUAUAGACCUAUGGUUUCCAACCCUUGACCACUGGCCAACCCUCUCUUUUGCCAUACACCACCCAUAAAGAGUAGAAGGAGUAGUAGCACGGUAGGAUCAUUCUUGCUAACAUAAUGGAUACAAGAAACCAACAUGUUUCUCAUUCCAUUUUCUUAAACUGUGAUAAAGAUUUAUCGGAACUGUUAGAUGUUAAAGAUUUAUCUAAACUUUAUCUACAUCCACGCAAUUAACACUAUUUGUCCCAUGAGGUCAUGCCCCUAUCUUGAUAACCCAGAGUUAUUUUGUACCCAAGGAUCAAGAAACUUGGAGGUUAGGAAUGUGGGAGGAAUAUGAUCCACAUCUGUUUAAUGAUUCCUAUAUUUUUUUUCUAUAAAAGCAGAUAAGUUAUAGCUUUUUUUAGGGCACAUUGACCCAUUGUGGAUUGCACCAAUUGAGGUCACAGAAUGGUUAAACAUAUUCUUGUACAUUUUUUUUUUUCUGGUGGGUGCAGUAGAGGAAUUAGGAACAUAUUUCAGUUUUGGGCCUCAUUUUGUAAAUAUGGUGUGUGAAAUACAUAGUAACAGAACCUUGACUGGAAUCAGUCCAUUGUAAAGGGACAGAUAUCCUCCAAUCAAUGGUCUUCUAUUAAAAAGUGCAAGUUCCACAGGUUCUGGGUGUUUGGCAUCUUCUAGUUCAUGUUCAUGGUCAAGAAUGAGAUUUUUCGACCAACAGUUCUGCUUAUCAAAAGAAGACAAUCUAAGACUUCUUAUUAUUUCCCAAGAAUAAUUAAUAUUCCAUAAUCCAUAAUCCGCCAUAAAACUUGCAUUUUCUUUUCUCUCCCAGUUGACUGUGAUGCAAAAACCAAAUGAAUGGUUCAAAUCAAGUCUGGUGUCAUAUUCCUCAACUUGGUAUGCCCUAUUGCUGGUCCUGUGCACCCCCUGGUCCUGUGCACCCCCUAAUUACAAAAUGCAUGUGAGAAUUUUAGGAAGUUUCCAGAAAAAAAAGUCGUCAUGAAAAAGUCUUGUUAGUAGUAGCUGUUUUAUCCAGCCAUGCAACCAUAUCUCCAAACACCAAGAGGCCACCUAGAUGUUUAGAAGUUGAAAUACACAGAGAGGUGCGAAUGCUACUUAGAGAUAUAGGAAGGCAAGAGGCUAUCAAGGUUGUUUUUUGCCAGAUGGGGUGAUUGUAUAAAGUAAGAGCCACUAGGAUUUACCAAAGUUAUUUCUUGAGAACAUUUAUAGGUAAGGCAGUGAAUCCUGCAGCCCUGAUCUAGAUUAGAUAUUUUGGUUACAGAUUUUUUUUUUAUGUUUUCAAUUGGUGUAUAACCUCCCUGGUUCUAAUGUAAGGUUGUUACUAGAUUCUCAUUAAUCUUUUAGACAUCACCUCCUCAUCAGUUGAACAAGAUCAUAAUUUAUUCCUGUAUCUGAAAAUUGUGCAAUUGCAUUUGUCUGUAACUGAAAAACCUAGAUCCGUAGAGAAACUAAGGCAUCUUAUUCUGGAUAUAUGGCAUUGUUGGUCUUCUUAUCCUAACGUGGACAGCAUUCAAUGAUUUAGUGUUGAAUAACUAUUCCACUGAUUGGUUCAUUAGUCACAAUAUCAAAAGAUGAAACCCAGCUGAAAAUGAUCUUCGGACAUAUCAUGGACACACCUAGGUGGAAUCCUGAAUCUCAGACUAUCACCUCUUUCAAGAAUAGAAGGAUGUGGAUCUCUAAAAGUGCCCAAAUUCCUUCAGCGAGACUGAGAAUUCUAGAAAUCUCUGACAUUUGAAUCAACAUUUUGAACCUUUCUUAAGAUUAUUCUGUCUGAGAUUUCCAGUGUUGGAAACAUCUUGGCACCACCAAAAGGGUUUGGGAACUCAGUAGCUGAAUGGAGGUCCAACCUUAUAGGAAUUUGAAAAGGUGAUCUUCUAGCCUAGCGUAUGUCUAUGACAUGUUGGAAGAUGACCUUUGGUUGCAUUUCCUCUUUAGGGGAUCCCUUAGGUAACUAAUAAAUCCUCUCUUAUAGGAAACACUUACAAAAUGGUUGCCUCCCUUGUCAGAAGGCAUACUAAAGGAAUCUGGAAAUUCUGAGAAACUUUUUUUAACUUUUUAUUUUCGGUCUAAUAUAAUUUACAAUAAAACAGUCAAUAUUUUUUCCAAGCACAUGUAGUUUUGACACCGAUUCCAGGCCUUAGUUGCUGAACUGCUUGCUGUUCCUGAGGUGUAAAUAAGCAUUUUUUGAUUCAUGAUGUGGUUGCAAAGAAACUUGUAAUUUAUUUGUGAAAUGCUGAAAUAAAGGAAAUCUGGACUUUUGCCUA